CAGCUGGCUUAAAUAGGCCCAGUAUAAAUCUUAAAGCCCCAAAACAAUGGGAAAUUUACGUGUUGGGUCAUAGCCCACCUCAAUCCAUAGAGUUGAAGCCCACGUCGGUCCCUUCUUCUCCAAGACUCCCAACCUUCUUCCCCUGCAAGCCAUCUCUUUCUGGUUUUCUCUCCGCCUCCGCGCGUUCCCCACUCUCCUCCUGGCUCCCCUUCCCGCUCUCCCAUUCCCCGCACGCGGUCGAGGACCCCGACGAUGAGGCCCUCGAAGAGCGCCGCGGCGCCCCCGGUGGCGUCGCUGACGAGCCCGAAGUCCUGCGCCACCAAGCGGCCGCGGAAGGCGGCGCCGCUGGGCGACGUCACCAACCUCCUCCUCGUCGUCGCUGAGACCCCGACCCCGAGCAAGCCCAGGAGGACCGCACGCGGGGCUCUCCCCGCGCCCUCCGACGUCUCCGCGGUCUCCUCCGCCUGCUCCUCCUCCGCCUCGGUCACGCCCGCGCCCAAGCCUUCCGCCGCCGCCGCCGCCGCCGCCUCGGCCACGCCCGUGCCCAAGCCUUCCUCCGCCGCCUCCGUCACGCCCGCGCGCAAGCCUUCCUCCACUGCCGUCAUCGAGGAGGAGCGCAGUGUGCUCAAAUCGCCAACCAUCUCCACAGUUUACCGCAGGACCACCGAGGCUCAGGGGAGGUGGAGGAGGGACACCGCCGCCGCCAGCAGCAAGGGCGAGGAACCGGUCGCUGCAACGGCGAGGUGCCCCCCUCUUGGGAAAUCCGCAAGGACCAACAGCAGGGAAAAGGAUAUUCGGCCCAUCUCUGCAUCAGCUCCUUGCCAUGAAGGUAAAAAGAAGCGGACCCUUGCAAUCACGCCCAACUUACUAGAGGACCUUUUGGAGAAGCAGAGAGCAUACUUUGCAGAUAUCGACGCCUUUGAGCUGGUAGAGGAAGAGGUGUCGGAAUCUGAGCUGGAGUAAAAACGGAAGCUGAUCCCAGAAGACAAGCCCUCUUUUUUUUUACCCCCUUGGGUACAGAAGUAGUUUACUGGAAUCAGGUUUAUGGUGCAAGCAGCAUGGUAGCAAUGUAUAGCUAGCUCUACUUGUAACACGGGGGCGGACUGGUGUACCUUGGUGCAGUGAUCACCGGUGAAUGAAUGCCUCGAUAGGCUGCAAAGCUUCUAGUUGCAUAGUAGUAAGGCAUAUAUAUAGUGAGAUGAGAUCUCAGGAUUAGGGAGACUCUCUACUGUAUGAGAAAAUGAGGUUUGUAGUUAAGACACCACUAAUCGUUCCAUGUUUGUCUGUUUGGAACCAGUCGCUCGCUCUGGAUAUAUAUUAUAUACUAACUAGCGGUUCUGUUAUGCA